AUGUCUGAUGAUAGUUCACAUUUGCGGUCGAGGCCGUUGAAAAUCGGGGAAUUAAUUGAUAAGGAAGAUGAGUCUGACGACACCAGAUCCCCUGAGCUUUUGAUCGCUGCCGAGGCGCUUGGAGCACUCAAGAACGGUUCUGAGCAGCCAAAGACCACAAUCUUGGACAAAAUGGCUUCUCAUCCUCUGAUCUCAAACCCCAUCAACUACAUGCUGGAAAAAACCAUCAACACUUCCAGCAACAUAGUGUUGUUGGCAGACGAGAAAACGAAACGGGCCAGGUACGAACAGAGCUCAGAUGAGGUCUCUGACGAGAAAACUCAAACAGAAACAGGAACAUUACACAAAAGACCGAGACUUGAAAAAUCUGCAUCUGGAUCUCAGCUGAGCAACAGACUACCACCGCCAACUCAACCCCGAUUUGCUCGAGCGAACUCCAAUUUACGCCAGCAGGUGACCAUCUCGUCGGCCAUCUCCACACAGAAAGGUUUACAGGAUCUGACUGAGCUGAGUGUUCUGAAUCUCAACAUUGAAAGUCGUCGGCGACUGACUAUGCUGAUCAACUUUCUAAAGAUUGGCAAUACGCAGCUGAGCGAACGUAUUGAAAACCUACUUAAUGCACUGAGUGCCGAACAGGAGAAGAAGAGCGCGCGUUCUGCCAGUCCUGAGGAGAAUUCUGUGCCUACUCCUGCUCCAGUUUGA